AUGUCCAAACGUUCGAAGGAAGAGAAACCUUUCCACCUUCAGGUACAGAAUGAUCUUCAUAAUGAGGUGAGUUUGUAUGUUUAUUAAUUUGAGUAAAAAAUUAAGUAUUACAAAAAUAGCCAUUGUGUGCAAAUGUAUAGGCAAAAGAAAUUUUUUUAAAUAUAUUUAUUUUUUUAACCAAAUCCUUGGUAUAUGUAUGUGAAUCAAUAACUGCUCAUAUUGUUCCUUUGGUUAGCCCAAGGUAAAACUAAAAGUUCCAUUAUGCUUUAUCCAUCAGAAGGCUUGCAAAGCAUCAUGGGAGGUGUUCUUAAACAUCUGGCAUGUUUUAUCACCCCAGUUUAUAUAGAAUUAUCAAAUGUUUCUGAAUGACUUUGUGCUCAUUUAAUGUUUGCAGAACUCCUAUAAAGUCGAAAGCUCUGUUACAUCCUCUGAAAACCUGCUGCAACGUCAUCUGGCUUCGAGGUAGCAUGUCUUUGUGUGCAAUGUUAUAAUCUUUUAUUUAUCUAUUUUUAAAUGAUCGAGUGAGUUGCACAUGAGCAGCCCUGGCAGUUGGCUACCAGAGAAAAAAAUCAUGUUUAUUUAGUGCUCAAGGUGUCAAUGAUUUUCCAUCAAAGUAAUGGAUUGUUAUAGCAUCUGAACCCUUGUUUCUAUCCUGAAUUUUUCAUCAGUUUAAAUAAAACCGCAACAUUUUAAAAAAAUGCCCAAAUGAGCAGCCAUUGAAGAUUAAAUGCGACAGAGGAUGAUGCGUUGAAGUGUAAAGACACAACAUAAUAGUAUUUUGUGUUUAAACUUUGAUGCAUCACCCUCUUCUACAUUAUAUUUCUUUUUACUAAAGGGGUUAGGGAAACACUUUUUGAUACACCAGUAUGCACACUUUAUAUUUGUAGAAGCGCCAACACACGUUUCCUAUUACAUUUACAAUGCAGGCUUUAUCAAUAUCUCUACAGGAACUGAACUGAGAACCUACACUCCAAAGACUGGCAUCUUUAAUUAACCCGUUCAUUACCAAAGAACAUUUUGUUAGUGUAACAUUUAUUGGGAACGUGGGGUGUAUGGCUAGCAAAAUCUUAUGAUAAAACCAAAUUUUGCGCCUAGAUUGUUGUUGAGACAAACCUAAAAAUAAAAGUGUACAAAUUUGCAUUUCACUGUAUUUAUUCGUUCAUCCUUUAUAUGGAAAUAUUGAGGGAAUGAUGAGCUUCAGACAGUAUAGCAUAUCCCUCUUCUUGCAAUAUUUCACACUGGUUCUGAGAUUUUUGUAUAAAAGUUUAAAUACAAAAAUAAAAAGUUGUGUGUGUCCACACUGCCCCAGGAAGCACCUCUAGUAGCCAUCUGAGGAGUGGCCAACGGAGUUAUCACUAUGCUGUUAAGUAAACACUACAUUUUCUCAGAAAAGACAGUGUUUACUGCAAAAAGCCUGAAGAGAAUGAUUUUACUCACCAGAACAAAUACAAUAGGCUGUAGUUGUUCUAGUGACUAUAGUGUCCCUUUAAUUGUUAUGGUUAUGGGGGUAGGCGUAUUUCUUUAAUGAAGCACAGAUUAACACUGGUCAGAGUAAACAAGUCACAUUUUCAGCUGGCAAGAGAAAACUUUGAGCUUUUGGUUUAAAGAUGUUGAGUGGCGGUAAGAAAGCCAUUGCUGUAAAUAAAUUUAAAGAGGCUUGCCUGGGCUGUGAUGCAAUGUUAGUGGACUACUGUGGCAGACCGACUGGCGCCCCAACCGGGUGCCUCCGUCACUCGAUGCUCCUAGUGCUCACAGAGGACUCCAAGCACUCCACCCGGCACCAUCAGCCCCACGUCCAGCGUUACAGCUUGGCUGGGAACUCUGCGUCCUCCACCCACCCUGGACCCAAGACCAGGAUCCAGCUUCCAGUUGAUGAACCUCUCCUACUCCAGAGAACGUAGCAGGAACAGCUCCUAAAAGAGCUAGUGAUUAUAAUCCCAGGGAAGUAUAGUGAUAUAGCAAUCCCCAGGGUAGAUACAGCCGUUUCCCACACACGAGAUGAGACUCUAUGUUGAGGGUAAGCAGGAACUCUCUUUUAAUGGAGCCACACUGGCCUUUUAUGCAAGUUUCCCAACAAGGGUGACACCCACCUAGACCUUGUUGGGCACAGGGACACAAAUUAACAAACCAAUAAAAACAGUGUUAUACAAUGAGACAGUCCCAUACAGUAUACACAAUCCCUCCCCUCUGCCUGAGAGGUAAUCAAGACAGAUAAUGUAUUAACUUAAUUAUCUCCAGGCAGAAAAAACACAGAUUUUUCUAAACCCCAAAACACACAAAAUCCCCACAAAGAUACAUGCCCUGAUAGCCCUGACCUGGGUGAACAACAUAUUCAGAAAUCACCCAGACCAGGGGUUCAGGAAAUUCCUGGAAGUUUCUUUUUGACCGACCGCACGCAUGGUUUCAUUCCAUAAACCGUUCCAGAGAAUCAGGCUGUGCGGCCGGUCUAUUCCCAAUAGUCUAAAUACUGUUCGAAUAACUGAACAUGCCAUUCGUGAACGUAAUCAGUAUAUGUCCUUUGUUCGUGGGUUUCUGCUUACCGAACUCUGUUCGAAUAGCCGAAGUUCCAUGGAAGGUAACUGUUCCGCGGUGUUUGUGCCGUCGUGUGUCUGAUUUGAGUUCCAUGAACUCAACGACAAAACACAGCUGAACAUGUUCGACUAAACAAGAUGGCCACAGCCGCCACGUGUUCAACUGUCGAAUAGCGGCCACUUUGACUGUUCGAGAGUUAAAGUGCCAGUUCGAAAGUUCGAAGGACUACUGUACCAUCCAAAAGGGCACAAACAGUACUUUUAAACAAGGGUUAUCUCAGGGCCCAUAGUCCCAGGGUAGGAGGCUGGCAAACAGGCCCCCAAAAAAAACAGUGGCGAGGAUACCUUCGCCACAACUACUGAAGACUAGAAUUUGUUCGUAUGGCAUAAUGAAUCUAUCUUAGAAAAAUCUUUGGUUCAUUGUGCAGCAUUUUUGGAUAGCCUUGAGUUGGUGAAAGAAUGGUUUGUUAUUGUGUGACACCAGCUGUCCAACAUGAAUGCAGACAAAUGAUGGCCUGGGGCUCUCGUGCUGGAUCCAGAGUUGGUGACUUGCACUGAGUGGGUGAUACCCUGAACAAAUAGACUACCCCAGCAUUUUAACCCUAAUUGGUCAAGGGAUCAUUUCAAAUCAUUGAAUGGCUAACACAGUCUACACACUUAAACACCGGUGCACUGGUUCUAGAUGAACUGGAGACUAGGGUGAAAGCAAACUGCAGAUGCCACUCAUGUGUGAAACACUCUGCAGCAAUGCUUGGAAUACCUCUUCAAAUGUUUUUAUUAAUGAAUUUUUAAUAACACAAUAAUACAGUGGAAUAUUUGUAACUAACAUCAUCCAAUUCUAUAAAAUAUAUAUAUAUAUAUAUUCACACACACAUAGAUACAGUAAUCUAUUGAACAACUAAAAAAAGUAAGUUAAAGCCAGGUCAAAAAAAAAAUAAAAUAUAUAUAUAUAUAUAUAUAUAUAUAUAUAUAUAUAUAUAUAUAUAUAUAUAUAUAUAUAUAUAUACUGUCGAUGAUGCUUAUAAGCAAAAACUUCCUUUGACAUCCCUUUCCCAGCUUGUCCAAUCUUGUCUCAGCGAUUCUAAAAACACAGGGAGUCCUAAAUGCCAGUUCACAACACUUUGACUCGAAUAUGCUACGGAAGACCUCUGUCCUGCAUCGAAUGGUGUCAGACUUCCAGUACCUGGAAUAUCUUUCUGAAGAAAAUGUGACUUCCAUUGUAGAAAUAAUCCCCUGAAUCUUUGGUUAUACCUGCAAAAAGUGAUAAGUGGGGGGGAUUCUCAAGUUGAUUUGCUGUGUGCCUUAUUAUUCGAGCAUGCUGAGACAUUAAACUAUCUUAAAGGGACACCGUAUCUGCACUGUAUCUGCUUCAUCUCAUUAAACUGGUUAUAGUGUCUGGAGUGCCCUGGUACCAUCAUUUCUUUCAGCAUUAAACAGUUUUUAAUGUUUUUAUGUUUUAAUGCUAAACAAGAGUCCCUGGCAGUCUAUCCCAUCUGUGCAGCUUUGGCUAAUAAGGAAGUAUUAGCCUGAGCAGCAGUGGACAGCUGUGAUUGGCUGAGAGUGUCAGCUGACUGCUUUCAGCCUGUCAGAGCUCCAACUGACGGUAUGAAUGGGUAUGACAACAAGGAAGUGUGUAAUCUCUGCCUUAGCUACACAUACAGAAGGGGCUGGACUGUAGGUGGCCAGGGACUCUUAUGUUGUGGCAUACUGCACAAACAUGGUGCAACACUGAAUGGAGGGACAGUGCCAGGGCACUGCAGGCACUAUAACCAAUUCAAAGAGAUGAAAUGGUUAUAGUGACUACAGUGUCCCUUUAAGUUAUAGUUACAUAGCCAAAAAGAGACUUGUGUCCAUUAAGUUCAGCCUUCCUCAUGUGUUUUUGCUAUUGAUCCAAAGUUCAAUAAAAACAAAACUAUUGACUGUCAGUGUGUGAUUUUAAUAUGUUUUGGUAUGUUUUCCUCCUGUGAAGUGAUACUUCUGUAGAAUUUCUUGUAACAUGAGUUGGUAUAAUCUAACUUGCUAAUGCCCCCGCAUACCAUGAAUAUGUCUGUCUCUUUGCUUUGUUACUUUGCCAUAUCAAGAGAGAAGGCAGUGUUUACAUUACUGCCUAGGAAUACUUCUAGUGGCAGUCACUCAGACGGCCACUAGAGCUGCUUUCUGAGUCCAUUCAAUAUGAGAAACUGCUGGUUGGCGCAGUGUUUUGGCCGCGCAUGUGCAAUAGCCUCCCAAUGUUUUCUAUGGGAUUGGGUCAUUACAUUUGUUGAUCUCAGUCAAGGAGACGGGUCAGAGUUUAAGUCACAUGCAUCUUAGAAAUUACUUGUUUUACAAGCUUUUAGAUGGAUGAAAUUUUUUAUUUUUUUUUAAAUUAGUUUUUUAAAAAGCAGUCAUUUGUAAAAACAGAUGACAGAAGUGAAGGAAACCAAGCUUUUUAAAACCUUGUACAGAAUCCUGUUUUGUUGUGACUGCAGUUGAGAACAUCUAGUCUUCCAAAUAUGACUUUCCCCGUACCUCUCUCCCCCUUCCCCCCCUUUUUUAAAUAUAUUUUUAAUAUUCUUUAAGAUUUGCAUAUAAAGCAUUUCACUCUUUACUGUUACUUCAUUAAAAUCGUGUUCCACACAGUUACCACCAGAACUUUAAAGUCGCCAGGUUACUGUGUGGGGUGGUUUUGAUGUAUAAAGCAUGCUCGUGCAGUCUCACUACUCAAUUUAUUAUUUUAUUUUUUUUCAUUCAGGCUGUGUGAGACACAGCAAUGGGAGGUGUUUCCCUGGCAAUGCAAUGGGUUGACUGUGAACUUUGAAUAAAAAUGUAAAACACGUAUUGGGUUAAUGCUCUGUCAAUAACAGGCCCACUUUCAUAUCAUACAGAUCUCACUCAAGUGACUGAUUUUACAUGUACAAAACCUUUCACCUACAAUGUAUGGAAAUCCAAGUAAAGUUUAAUUCUUUGUUUCUUUAGUCCAAAGGUAACUACACCGUGGCUGGAUGAGAACAGCAAUGUUGUCCCUCCUGGCUGCACCAACAACAACGAAGAAGGGUGAGUAAGGAGGACUUACAAUGACUAGAGACUAAUCUCCAACUGUAAUACUCCAAACUUGACAAACCUUCAGAUUCUUUCACAUUCCCUCUGGAGGUGGAUAAUGGGAAUGGCUACUGGGGAGGGGGUGACCAAUCAUUGGUCCAGGACGACCUAGGCCUAUACACUGACUGCAGAGAUAAAUUAUGGAAUAGCCGAAGGUAGCAUAUAGAACAAAGGGGAUGAUCUGCAAUGAAAUGGUACAUGUCGAAAUAAAGGACAUAGAGAUGUGCAAUGUAACUAGACUGAUAUCCUAGUCUGGGAGUCUUGUUAACGAUUUGCUUUUAAUGGGGUCUUAAAUUAAUUUUAGACAUCAAUUGCUUCCUUGAAUAGAGUCUGUGACUGGGAGCACCAGACAAGCCUCCUACAGGCAGGCAGUUUUCUUGCUCUCCCAGCUAUUCCAGCACAUACUCUCUAGUUGCUGUGAUAUUCCUGUAGUUUCCAUUCUAAGAGACGCUCACCCUGCUUGCAGAUGUAUUCUAAGCAAUGACCCUCAUUGUAGGGAGGGCUUAGGGUUGUUCACAUUAGUGUAACACCCACAAAGAUACAGUGAUGGCAGUGCAGUUGCUGGUGGGGAGAGUUAAGGGACCUUCUAACGUGAAAGUUUUUAACGGCUUAUGUGGCAAAACUAGCCACUUAAGACUGUAUUUCCAGUAAUGUGAUUUUGUAACUUUAAGGCUAUCUGAACUGAGUAUAUUAACUUGUAUGUAAUUUAUGCGAACGAGAGUAUUCGUAUGCUGGCGGCAUGAAAGCCACCAGCAUUUAUACAGUAGUUUCACGAACAGUGAAUUUCAACACUGUUCGUGAAACGAACAAACUACCGAAUGGGAGAUCACACACAAGAGGUUGUGUGGCUCCCAUUAAGUAUCGCAACAUUGUAUCUUUCGGUAGUUAAUGGAUGUUCAGGGUGGCCGCCGUUCAGAUACCGACCACGCGGCGGUCGGCCAUCUUGGAUCCUUUGUUAGCCCAGCGGUAUUUUGUCGUUGAGUGCCUGGAACUAAAACCAGCUACUCGAUGGCACGAAUACCGCUGGACUUCCAGGCCGUUCGGGAGCACCGGCCUUUCGGUAUUUCAUCCUUGCUGGUCUAUUCGUGCCUUUGGUGAAAAAUGUAUGUUUAGGUGUAUUUUGUGCGGCGUUCGGCUAAUUGUGCUGGGAUCUUAGCGGUACUUUCACGAAGUAUGCGCUCAGACCCCAGCUAUCUGCCGAACGGUCAUUCAAUAUAAUAGCAUGAAUAAUGUUAAAGUUAUACAUUUUUAUGUAAAAAGCCAGUUCUGCUGCACGAAGGGAUAAUCCACUUAACUGGAUAUUCUAGUGGGAGUAUCCCUCUCGUACAGCAGUGCAUGGUGGGAGAAAUGUCUUGGUUGUUAAGUUCCCCAUGUAGUCCCCUACUGUACAACCCCUGUAAAGUCAGUAGGGAAGCCCCUUGCAUGGGGAACCACAUAAAUACAGUGCCCUGUGAACAAAAACUCAGUUGACUGUGUCGUCUAGGUCUUGGGAAGGAAGGAUUUAUACAACGCUACCGGGAUUAUUGUAUGCUGUAUUUAUUUUACCUGGAUUAUUCUAUGCUGUUCCUGUCUACCAGCGGAGAUAUUGUGGAUUAUACUACCUCUCCGCUACAGUUUAUAUAGAUAAUACAAUAAAAAUAUACACCAGAAAAUUACCUUUUUAAAAAAUGUAUAUUUAUAAAAUUGCAAAGUGUCCCUCUGCUUUGUUUGUUUGUCAAAAGUUCUUGCAGUCCUAGGAUAAUGGGGACUGCUCAGUAAACUGUUGUGACAGGUUCACUUUAAACAAACUUAUGGCUGUUGGCAGUGCGCACAUUUUUUUUUUUCUUUCCAAUGCUCCACUAAGUUCAGCAAGACGUGUUUGUUGUGUUUUGUUUUGUACUCAAGUCCUCGUUGAAGAGGUUAUAGUUAUAGUGCCCAGUAUUGAAGACUCUGCAAAUUGUUCAGAUAUUCAAAUGGUAACUAGAGCUGACUGAACCCCAGUUUGUGAAGUCAUCUGUUGGGAAACCAUUUGUAGCUGGUUUACAGUAAAACAAAAACGGCUUGAGUUGAUCUCCUGUACUCUGUUUUAGUGUCUAUGUUGCUCAUUUAUGGCUUGUCAAACUAUAUUUUGUUCGUUUUCUUUAUACUUAAGGUCCAAAGAGUUGAACUGUAAUUAUGAGAUUGAGAAAGAUAAAGUUACAGGAGAGGUGAGUUGUUAUAAAAUGAAGGGAAUUGGGGUAUUCUGUAAAAUGGUGUAGAAUUCCCUCUCUUUUUUGGUGCUCUAUUUAUUUGCUAAACUACAAUGAAUGUUUAACCAUAAGAAGCAGACUUUUUAGAUAACAUAUAUCGAGUUAGACCAAUGGUUCCCAAGCUUUUUUCACUCGAGUACCCCUUGGCAGCCCAUUUCCAUAAAUUGUACCCCUCACAUUAGCAAAAUGUUGUAAAUAAUAUAGUUGCAUUUAUUUCAAAUUUAUACAUUUUUCUUUGUUCAAUCUCCCCUUUUUAUAUGCUCUUCCUGCUUGUCCUCUGCCCCAUGCUCUUCCUGCUUGUCCUCUGCCCCAUGCUCUUCCUGCUUGUCCGCUGCCUCAAACACACAAACUGUCACACAUGCAAACACUGACAGACUUAUAGAUACAGAUAUGCACGCUUUCAUAAAUACAGAUCCACAGACCCAACGCACAUAUGCAGUUACAGUGAAACACAGAUACAUACACUGACACACGUGCAGAUACACAAAUGACACACACACAAAGAUACUGACACACCUAUACGAACACACAUGCAGAUGCAUUCCCUGACAGAUAUACACAUACCCUGACACACACGCAGAUACAGAUAGAUACACACACACACAUACCCUGACACACAGGUACAUACAUUAGCCACGGCAAGACCGUCGCUGCGUGGGAAAACGGGUAAGUAAAAUCACAGAGGGGACUGGUCACCUAAACAGACACUCACUAAGAGACAGACAGACAUACACUUGCUCGCAGACAGACCCACACACACAAUCUCAGACACACACAUUCAGAAGUUGAAAUUUUAAAAAUUAUUUUGAUUGAAACCCAUUAAACCUCCUUACCUUUUGGAUAGUGGAUAGGCUUUCCCUGGGGUCCACUGAGGCUGCUGUCAUCUCCCUGCUCUGCUCCCCGUUUAGUAUGCCAGGGGCCGGAAUGACGUCAUUUCCUGGCUCCCGGCAUCUUUGCAGGGCACGCGAGGGAGCAGAGCAGGGAGAUGACAGCUCACUCCCCCUCCCUUUUUAUUUUUACAAGGUCAAUAAAAUGAUUACCAUUAAUAGCUUUGGGACCUCAGGGUGUACUUUGAAAUCGUUAAAUGUACUAUUCAUGGUAAGAUACUUUUUAUGAAUAAUAAAUCGAACCUGCAAAUUAACAAAUUAGUGGCCAUUCUAUAUAGGAAUACAUAAGAAAUGGCAAUGGGUAUACAGAGGCAAACUAUAUGUGACUUGCUUGCAAUUUAAUUUUUACAACUGUAGCACCAUUAAAACCCUAUAUUUUAUUUAUUCAUCUUGCAUAUAUGUAAGAUAUACCAAUACAUCUCAUAAUAUGUUCGUGUAUUACUGAUAACAUUACGUGUCUGGGUAAAACUCCCAGGAAAAGAAUGCUGUCUGAGAAAUAUUAAAUAUCUUAGUAUUUUAUUUUACUUUUAGAUUUCAAAUCAAAAUUCUGAAUCUUCUUCGGGUGACUCUAUAAAAGUGAGCUCAAAUUGUCAAGAUCCUUCCCAAAAAAACAAAGAACCUGUGGUUCAAGUUUACUCUGAAGAGCACAUAGAUGACAAGAAUACUGUGGAUUACCCAAAGAGUAAAGAACGUCUUGUUAUGGAGGAAAACCAACAAGAAGUGGCAGGCAGUUCCAAAAAGAGAGAGUCCAAACAUGUGCAGAAGCUCAAUAAAAUUGAAGAAUCAGAAAAGUCUGAAAGGAAAAGACUGAAGGAGCAUGCAGAGGAGUCAAAGAGAAAAGAAGGUUCUGAUCGUGGGGAGAAAGAGAAAAACCAUGUGUCAGAAAGCACUGGAUGUAAAAGAAAUGACAAAACAGACCAUGAAAAUAAGGAAAAUGUGAGGAAGGACAAGAAAGCCAUCAUAAAGAAGGAAAUAUCUAACAGUCAGUCCUCAAGUAACACAAUUACAGAAAAGGAAAGCUCAGGCGUGUCCAUGGAAGGCCCAAAGCAAAAUAAGAUUGAUUUAGAUAAGGUGGUCACCAAUAAGACCCCACAGUCCUCAGAAAAGACACCAACUACAAUAGAAAAAAAGAAGAAACAACACUCCGACAAGUCUAAAGACAAAAACAAAACUAGGGAAGAAUUAGUGCAUCUUAAAACAGAGAAAGACAUAGCCAAAGAAAAGUUUCAAGGACAUAGUUUAACAGAAUUUGAAAGUGAUUUGAAGAACAUCACCGAGGAAACUAGGAUGGUAGAAAUGGUUGUAACCACAAAGAUUGUAGAUAAUAAGGCUGUUCCCGACACAGAGGAAAACACUGCUGACCUGGAAAAAAGUAAUGAAAAGAAAGAGAGCGGCUCUGCUGAAAGGUCAAAGAAGAAAGAAAAGUUGAAAAAAAGUGGUAAGGAGAAAAGGGAGAAGGAACUAGAGGAGAAGAUUCAUAAGAAGAAAGACCAUUCAAAGCAUGAGAAAUCUUCUAAAGGAAUCAAGAGGGAAGUGGAUGAAGAGCCAAAGAAAGAAUCGUCUGAGACCAAGAAAAAGAAAUAUAGGGAUAAAUCUGAGAAGCACGAUUGCAACCAAAAUGAUGAAGGGUCAUCCAGUAGGAAAAGGAAGGUGGAUGGUGGAGCUAGAGUGUCCACAGCCAAAAAAAUCAAAGUAGAAACGAAGGCGGAGGACAAUUCCAAGUGGAAAUGGUAUGUGUCUGAGGGGAGUUUGGGGAGAAAUCCAUAACGGCAGUAGUUGCAGUGUUGUAUGUAUUAAAAGUAAGCAAUUGUCAGACAUAUUAAUGAGAUUAGGAUUUCAUUGACUGUGGCUCCCAGGACCUGCAAAUCAGGACUUGCUGUUAGGCUUGCUAUACUUCUGUUAGUGUCACCCUCACAAACUAGUCAUCUGCUCAGAGGGACUGUAUCACUCUACCUGGAUUGUAUAGAAUAAGCGGAUACAGGACUCUAGUGUUUAAAAAAAAAAAAAAAAAAACUUUCUGAAAUGUUCAAUUCCUUAUUUUAAUAUAAUGAAUCACCUGUUUGUAGAUUGAUUUCUUUGUAUAGCCGUAUGCGUCUGUUAAAGUUGGCAGAGGUUGGACGGACUCUGUGGUGAUCAUCCUAAAAGGACCACUCCACUCUUCCAACCCCUCACAGUUUAGUAGAUAUACCCCCAAUGAAUACAUACAUGCAUGUAUUCAUUGGGAGCAUAGUCUAAAAUAAAAGUUCUUAUGACUGCAGCCUUUCAGUCUCUUCACAGGGAAAUAACCAGUCAGAGGCUUCCCAUUGAGAAGCCUCUGACUUGGUCCCUCGUGCACACUCGCGCGCAUGUCCUCCCUGGCUGUUUGACAGCCAGGGGAGUGUUCUCUAGUUAAUUUAUAAAAGUGCUGAUUUCUUACAGAAAUCAGCACUUUUAUAAACUUGGGUUAAAUGAGGAUACUCCUCAGCCAUAAAGCACUUGAGAAAGCUAAAGUGCUUUUGGGGUGUGGAGUGGUCCUUUAAGGGCUUUUGGUGAGAUUGCUUGUGCACAGUCCAUGCAAUAGCUGUCAGUCAUGCUUUAUUCUUAAGACAAAAAACAAAACAAAGUGUUGACGUGUAAAAAUAAUAUAAGCUAUUAUAUAUGCUCCCAACCGCUUACAAUUACAUCACACAUAUAAUAAAAUAGUGCACCAAUUGUAAUACUAUACUUAAUCUGAUGAUCAGGAUGCUCUUCAAACAAAUUUCAUAUUUCCAGGAACAUAAUAGGCCUCUAAAAAAAAAAUUAAUUUUUUUUAUAUGUAUGUAUAUGUAUAUGUGUGUGUAUAUAUAAAUAUAUAACAAAAUCUAGGCAGUACUUGCACUCACGCUUUAGUGAAGUAUAUGCCGGGUGCUAGUAAUCCAGGGAAGCAAAUGUAGAUCUCGAGUAGUGAUCAGCACUCCCAUACUUGAAGAGUUAAAAAUUCGAAGUUUAUUAAAUUUUCAUUAAAAUAUGAUAAUUUCAGUUUAAAUUAUGCUGGAUCCUGAUUUUCACAGUGAGAAGACGCCAGCGUCCAUAGGAAAGCAUUGUGAAUGCUUUCCUAUGGACUGGCUGGCUGCGCGCGUGGCUCCUGCCGCGCAUUCAGCCGAGGAGAGUCCCCCGCCCGGUGCUGGAGAAAGGGGUACGUUUAACCCCUUCCACCCCCUAGAACCUGGAGGGAGGGGCACUAUAGUGGUCCUUUAAUAAAUGGUGACUGCAUCCGGGUUCUGCUUUGCAGAAGCGGAAUGCACAUCACCAGAUCUUCAAGACCCUUGGUGUCCGGUGGGUACCUAGGUAAGAGGACAAACAUUUGCAAAAUGGUUUGCCUUAUUACUGGGGAUCGGGUCCAGGGUACUCAAUCGUAGCCAGCACAACUUAGAGUAAAACUUUUUUAAUAUAGCUCUAAAAGGGAACUGUUCCUUCCCAGGAUUUUUUUAUUUUAGGUUUACCUAUCCCUAUAUUAAAUAUGAUUAUAUUUUUUUAUUUUAUUUUUUUUUGAGGUGUGAAAGUAAAAUUUGAUGUAGAAAUCCACACCCCAUAUAUCAUGUAACUGGGCGCCUCCAUCUUGGCUCCCUGUCAAUCAGUUACAAGCUCUGUUCUUGACAGCAUAGAGAGAGCAGACAGAGAUAAAACAAUGAUUUUAUUUCUCAUGUUUGCCCUGGAUUUACCUUGUCUGAACUGGAACAUAUAGUUUGCUAAAUCUUGAAUAUUAAAAGGAGUUUGGACAUCUCAUGUAGGUCGUUUUCAUUGUUUUAUUCAAUUUUGACAAGACAUUCAGACGUGUAAAUGUUAGAUUGCUAAAACGAAUACAAGAACAAAUGUGACAUGCAGGGGUCAAAAGUCUAGCAGUCACACACAAGGAAGGUUUACAGGAUAUAUGUGCUUGCACUGACAGGAUUAAAUUCUAGCUGUACGUAUUCCACAAACCUGUUGCCAGUCUGUCAGCUGCAGAUACUGAGACUUUAUCCUCUAAAAACUACUUAUCCCAGCAGCACUCUCCUGCAGCUACGUUAUUGGUUAAAAUCCAGGAAGUAAGCAAUCUGUGUGAAAGGUCAUCUGAGCUGCAACAAUGAGCCAUGUGCCUGCAUCCACACUGCAUCUGAAUGUCUCCCAAACCCUUUCCUUAUGCAUUGAACGGACAUGCUCCAGAGCGGCUGCCGGCUGCUCCUGGGGCUGAGGUCUGGUGGCAUUGCUGUGGUGUCUGGGUGCCGUUUCAGUUGCAAUAGGAGGAGACUAUUUACAUGUGCUAGAGUUUGGUAAGCUUGUAGCCAGUCUCUGACUGCAUGUUACAGUUGGAAAGACAUGCUGAUAACUUGCUGAAUUCAGAGUCUCUUUGUGAGUCUGACAGUCAGUGUCCUUUAACUGUUACUGCCGCAGAGUUUUUCUGAGCUCUCAGUCAAUCCUUGCCUUAAUGUAGUAGUAUUUUUAUUAUUUAUAAAGCGCCAAGUUCCGUAGUGCUGUACAAUGGGUGAACUAACAGACAUGUAUUUGUAACCAGACAAGUUGGACGCACAGGAACAGAGGGAUUGAGGGCCCUGCUCAAUGAGCUAGAGGGAGUGGGGUAUAGUGACACGGAGGGUAAGUAUAGGUUAGAAAAAUAGGUUGCUAGGAUAUGUUAUAAGUGACUCUGGCAGUUUUCCAUGAUUCCUUGUUAGUUUAUUGGUUUAUCCCUUUUCUCUUUCAUUGGAGUAAUCCAUCUGUCAGAUAAAUAGGUGCUUACUAUUGAAACGUUUUUACGGUUAGCCCUCCUCUCCUGUGAGCCAUAAAUAGAUAUAACAAAGAAAAAAUGGGGCUGCCAUUGGUCAUCUCCUGAACAGUUUAGAGAGAUCCCCUUCUUUUGGUUUGCAGCCUUAAUUUUGAUUAAGAAGUGCUAAACGUGCUAUAUAUUAUAUACCUUUUUCCCGGUGCCAUGGCGUCCUCUGGCUAUUGUCCAAUCCAAAUGCUUCUCAUAGAGGAUCUUUGUGAACCUGAUGGGUGCGUGCAUCAAAGCUUCCACCAUCGUUAAACAUUGAAUAAAUGCUUUUCUAUGGGGACUUCAGUUUCUCGUGACUUUUAUUGGUUGAUUGUCAUUGUAACAGCCACUAAAGGUGUGUUUAACCCUCCAAGGUAAUCAUUACACUGCAAAUGAAGAGGAGAAAUAGAAACAUGUCAUAUGUAUAAAAAGUGUUUGUUUUCUAAAUAGCAGUCUAAAGUAUAAUUUUCAGGUUGUAGUGUUUUGUACCAGUUUUAUAGGGGCUACCAUGUAUAAUGAAGGGGCUUUUUUCUUUUUCUCUCUUCCCAUUAGGUGGGAAGAAGCAAAUUAUGAAGAUGGAGUGAAAUGGAAAUUCUUGGAACAUAAAGGUCCCUAUUUUGCCCCUCUUUACGAGCCCCUUCCAGACAACGUUCGCUUCUACUACGAUGGUGAGAGCUUUAACCCCUUAAGACCGGAGGGUGUACUAUUACGCCCUAUUUUAGGCGGCUCUAAACGCCGCCGGGCGUAAUAGUAUGCCCUCUGGUCUUUCUAUACUUACCUGGAAGCCGGCGAUCGCGGUUGGGGGGACUCCCAGGGAGCCCCCUGCGGCACGUCCGACCCCCCUGGCAGCACCCCCGGCCAUGUGAGAGUGAGGUCCUUGUGAGGACCUCACAAUCACAUGGCUGGGAUAGCUGGCUGCUGUAUUGCCAGCAGGGGGGCUGCCUGUAAUGACAGGUGGUCCCCCUGCUGGCUGAAAAUAAAAUUUAAAAAAAGUUAAAUAAGUGUAAAAUAUAUAUAUAUAUAUAUAUAUAUAUAUAUAUAUAUCUAUCUCAAAUUACAUGUAGACUGAUACUGAUUAAAUAUAUAUAAUUAUUGUUAUAUAUAUAUUUAUAUAUAAUAUAAAAAAUUAAAUAUGUAAAUACAUUAAAAAAUUAAAUUAAAAAAAUUAAAUAUAUAGAUGUGUUAUUUCGUUCUAACUGUAUUGUGAUAUUAAUAUAUAUAUAUAUUUAUAUCAAAAUACACGUAGAACGAAAUAUAUAUAUCUAUAUACAUAAAUAUAUACGUAUAUAUCACUAUACAUCAUAUACCUAUAUAUAAAUAAAAAUAUUAAAAUUAUAUAUAUUCAUAUAUAUAUGUAUUCUACAUAUAUAUUUAUGUAAUAUUUUUACAUAAUUAGGUAUCUUAAUUAAUUACAAUUAGCGGGACCUGCCUGACAACCCAUGUCGAGAUUAAAGGGAAUUUAAUUUGCUAGCACUAUAUUUAACCCUAUAACUUUCCAAUACACCAUAAAAUCUGUACAUGUGGGGUACUGUUCGACUCAGGAGACUUCGCUGAACACAAAUAUUAGUGUUUCAAAACAGUAAAAUGUAUUACAACGAUGAUAUCACCAGUAAAAGUGAAGUUUUUUGCAUUUUUCACGCACAAACAGCAUUUACACGGACAAUAUUAUUGCUGCGAUACUUUUUACUGUUUUGAAACACAAAUAUUUGUGUUCAGCGAAGUCUCCCGAGUACAACAGUACCCCUCAUGUACAGGUUUUAUGGUGUUUUCAAAAGUUACAGCGUCAAAUAUAAGGCUUGUUUCAUUUUUUUCACAUUAAAAUUCGCCAGAUUGGCUACGUUGCCUUUGAGACCCUAUGGUAGCUCAAGAAUGAAAAUUACCCCCAUGAUGGCAUACCAUUUGCAAUAGUAGACAACCCAAGUGUGACGAGACCAAUCUCGCCACAUUGCAUUGGAGAAGCCUGGUUGCUCGCCUGCUGCCUUUGGACUAUGGCCCCCUGUUAAAAGACAUCUUUUUUACUUGCAGAAAAGCUUCAUUCAUGCUUCUCUGCCUGGGGUUCGGUAGAUUUGUUUGAAUGUGUUAUACCCCAGAUAGGAAUCCCAUGGAGCCCAUUCGUAUGAAACUGACUGUAAAGACUUUGGCUCCAUGGCGAUUAAACUGUAUUCGUGUGGUCUGAGCGCCAUUCACUUAAUAAUGUGCGCUCAGACCUGAGCUAUCUGGGGAUAUGUUAAAUGUAUAGUUUUAAUGUAAUGUGUCUUACCUGAUGUAUUUUAAAGUAUAAUACUGGUUUUGUGUCCCCACAUGUGUAAUGGAGUUUUGCCUUUGUCUUGGGAGAUAAUUGAGUUACUUCUCAAUUAUCUCCCAGGGCAGAGGGGAGGAAGCCAGGAUGCAUUGUGGGAAUAUACUGUGACUGUGUGUCCUAUUUGUCUACUUGUCUGUCCCUUGUCACAGUCUCCCAUUUGGUCCCCUAGGGGAGUGUCCACCAGGUGGGAGACCUGCAUAAAACCCGGGCAGGUAGCCCUCAUUAAACAGACCACUGCUUAACCCUCAACACAGAGCCUUGUCUCGUUCUUGGGGGGAUUCACUGUAUGCUGUUAGAGACUGAUUGCCAGGAGUGUAAGCUGAUUGUCUGCUUUUCCUGUUCGUCUGCUAGCAGCUAUUUGGGAGGUUCCUGUUCGUGUAUUUGGAGUGCUAUAUUGGAUGCCGUUCGGGAGUUUGGAACAUUCACUUAUUGGCGGUUCGUGUGUUUGGUGUUCUGCAGUAGCUGUGCCUGCAUCUCCGGAAAGGGGGCCGAUCGCCUAAACGGUUUUUUCCCCUUUUGUGCAAAACGGUCCGUUACACCAAGGUAUUGUAAACGGGGUAUGUCCAGUCUUUUUUUAGUAGCCACUUAGUCACAAACACUGGCCAAAAUUGGCAUUUUUUGCAUUUUUCACACACAAACAAAUACUAACACUAAUUUUGGCCAGUGUUUGUGACCAAAUGGCUACUAAAAAAGACUGGACAUACCCCAUUUGCAAUACCUUGGGUUAUCUACUAUUGCAAAUGGUAUGCCAUUAUGGGUGUAAAUUUCUUUCCUGGGCUACUAUAAAGUCCCAAAGGCAACGUAACCAAUCUGGCGAAUUUCAAAUGUAACGUGCUAUAUUUGACCCUGUAACUUCCCAAAACGCCAUAAAACCUGUACAUAGGGGGUACUGUUUUACACGUGAGACUUUGCUGAAUAUAAAUAUGUGUAUUUUAUUGCAGUAAAAGCAAACAGUAUUAUGACAUUGACCGUUAAAAUGUCAUGUAGAACUAAAAAAAAUUUAAAAAAUAUUAUUUUCUCCCAUUUUUUUCAUAUUAAAUUAUGUUUCAUAGCUAAAUAUUUGAUAUUAAAUGAAAGCCCUGUUUCCCCUGAAUAAAAUGAUAUAUAAUAAGGGUGGGUGCAUUUACUAUGAAAGAGGUGUAUUACGGUUGGACAGACAUGUAGCGCAAAUGCCAGGUUUUGUUUACAUUUUGUUUUGUUCACAAUGUGUACAUUUGGCUCCGUCCUUAAGGGGUUAAGGGGUUCAGGAUGGAGGCAAUUGUACAAGUUCUGAUCAAAACAAACCCUAGAAUAGAAUUAUAUGUUUGUUCAACCGUAAUUCACCUCUUUCAUGUUAAGUGCUCCCACACUUAUUAUAUAUCUUUUUGUUUAGUAGAAACAGGGCGUUCAUUUCACAUCAAAUAUUUCAAUAUGAAUCAAAGCAAAAAGUAGGAGAAAUUAAGAAAUUGUGUUAUUUUCUUAGUUCUGUGUGGCAGAACUAUCGAUACAUGUCCUGAUGAAAGUCCUCGAUUCCUCUUUUGUAUGUACAUUUCUUUUUUGGAUUACAAAUAAAGAUAGAGUAUAUUACGACUUUAUAUAUGUAGAUCUAUUUAUUAAGGUCAAAAUACAGUCAGUGAUUCAUCGGCAGGAAGCGCCCGCAUGGGAAGUAUCCCGGAGGCUCCAGUGAUAAUGAGUUCUAUGCCCAUUAUAAUGCGUAUGGCAUAGAACAGCGUUAAAGUGUGUAAAUGGAGAUCGAUUGCCCAGCAGAGGCUUUACAUACAGUGUAACAAUAACUGCAUAUACUCUGUGGUACUAAUUAUGAACAAUGCAUGUUACCAUAUUGUUAACAAUAUAAAGUAAUCUGCACGACUGGAGUUUCACGUUCACUUCUGUUUGCAGGGAAUCCCAUGAAGCUAACUCUCGCCACUGAAGAAGUUGCCACUUUUUAUGCUAAAAUGUUGGACCAUGAAUACACUACAAAGGAGGUUUUCCAGAAGAAUUUCUUUGCUGACUGGAAAGAGGUGAGAGGAGUUUCCAUGGUUGUUGCUGAAAUGUUUUGCCUGUCAUAAUUGACGUAUAACAUAACUCCUGUUAGCUUGUAGAGUGACAGCCACAAGAGGUUUUCUUGGCUAACAAUGCAAACACUCUUUACUCCGAAAACCGGUGUUUGAUUUGCUGGGAUUGCACGCAUCUGAACUUCUACAUGCUGUGUCGAUUCUAAUACUUUGUGUCCCUUUAAGAGACGUACAUGGACUGGUAGGGCUCAAUUAAUUCAAACAGAGAUCUGAGAGAAUGUCUGUGGACUUUGUCAUUUGGAUGUAUAUCCUUCCUGCCACAUUUUUACCCGAGGAGAAAAAAUAUAUAGUGCAGUGAUUUCUAACAUUGAAAGUAAAAUUCACUCUUAUUUUAAAAUUCUUAGAAUUUUUGUUUCUUUCAAAAUGAUUGUUUGCCAUGUUUUAUAACAGAUAAAAUGUUCCAAUGGGGCGUUGGGGUGUUACCCUAUGAAUGUGUCUGUAAAAUCCUUUACUGGCUCUUAUAUGCUCUACCCCUUAACAAUUUGUUUCAGCAAAUGACAAGUGAAGAACGAAAGUUAAUUAGGCAUCUGCAUAAGUGUGAUUUCACGGAAAUUCACAAGUAUUAUGUAGAUAAGAAUGAAGCUCGGAAGGCAUUGCCUAAGGAAGAGAAGCAGGUAAGAACUAAAACAAUGCAUGAACAAGUGUCUGUGUCUAGUUAAAAUAAAUCAUAAUACCGUUAAAUAUACUGUAGAAGAAUGCCUACUUGUUUGAUCCUUUAAUAUUCAGAAUGUAAUUACUUAUUGGGUUUAACUAAAUUAAUCGACUUGUGUUAAAAGUGAAUUUUAAAAUGUAGGCAAACUUCACCCACUCUACUUGAGUUGCAGCCUGGAUAUUUUAAGCUGGACUUUCCAAAUCACUGCAACUUGCUGUUUGGUAUAUAAAUGUAAUUGUUAGCUGUGGUGGGGUGACCACUGGUCUCCGAUGUAUUGUAGACGUUGUACGUCUGAAUAAAUGAGUAACUAUGUAGUGACAGCAUUUAUUACGCCAGAAUUCAUGGACUCACAUCUAUUAUCCAAAUGUCAUCCAUGCAGUAGACUGUUUACGUAUCUUUCUUCCAACCACAUGUAGGAAUACUCAGUCUGUUGGCACACAAUAGUCCCCUGAGCUGUCCAAAUUGGUGAUUCUUUUGUGACUUGUGCGUUCAUUGGUUUAGAAUGUGUCAGAACUGAUCUAAUUCCUGGUGAUCCAAUGAGAGAUUGGGAGUAUCUAGUAUUGGUAAUAAAGUUUAUUUUUAUUUUUUUUUUCAAUUUCCAGUCAGAUAGGGGGACUUGCAGAAAUGAAACCCAACUGGAACACUAUUCUUACUGCCAUUAAUAUGCUUCUUUAUCUCUGCCCUGCGCCUGUGUGACCAUUAUUUAAAGCGCUUACAUUUUCUAGAAACUGAAAGAAGAGGCCAGUAAGCUGCAGGAAGAGUAUGGAUACUGUACGCUGGAUGGGCAUCGGGAGAAGAUUGGAAACUUCAAGAUUGAGCCCCCAGGCCUCUUCAGGGGCCGAGGAGACCACCCAAAGAUGGGAAUGCUAAAGUUGCGGAUAAUGCCAGAAGAUGUCAUCAUAAACUGCAGCAAGUGAGUAAUCUGGGGUGCUAAACCGUUAUCUGUGUAGGCAUUGUUAGUACGCAAAGCAAAAAGCCUUGAGACCAGAAUAAUCCUUUGUACCUGCACCACUUCCAUUAGUAAUUUCAUAAUUUAUAUAACAUCCACAGCACUCCAGCUUCCCCCACAAUUACACUUUCUGUUUGUAGUCCACAAUAACUACCUUAACAACUAAGAAUUGUAUGUAAAGGACACAAUAUAUGCACUAUAUUAGUCAGACUACAAGAUGUUAAUUAUUGUAAAAUAUUUUACAAAGUGUAAGUUAGGCAGUCCAGGCUGGUGUUGCCUUUAUCCCAUAGGUUCCCGCACAACAGACCUAUGAGCAGAACAAGGGUCUCCUGUAACUGUAAUUGGCAUUCUGCUUCCGAACACAGCUUAAAAGACAUUUAGAAAUGUGGUAACACAGCAGGUUUGUAUAAAUAUUUUGUUGAUUCCUUGAGAGUACAUUUAAUUUAUGGUAUCCUAGAAACCCACUAUGGCACUUCCCAGCAUACAUGCCUUGUAAAAGUAUUCAAACCCCUUGAAAAUCUAUAAUUUUUCUCAAAUGGUUCAACACUAAAGACAUGUUCCCAGGUACUGAUCUCUCCCUUUCUUCUUUGGCCUGAUUUAAGACUACCAGGCCCAUUGAUGAAAGCACCCCCACAUCUUAAUAAUGCUGCCACCACCAGGCUUCUCGGUAUGGAUCGUGUUGAGUUAUAGGUGUUUUGUUUGCGUUUGAAUUGUAGCUGGUUCUGAGCAGUGGCUCCUUUCCUGCCACCAUCCCAAACAGAUAAAAGUUAAUGCAGAGCCAUUGAAAUGGAUGACAGGUGCAACCGUACUCCACACUCUGCCCCUGACCUCUGUAUUGUAAUGGGUUCACCUUUCCUGCCCUUAGUUUUAACCCUACAUUGAGGGUUAAUCCAGCCUCUAGUGGCUGUCUCCCUGACAGCCACGAGAGGCCGCAUUGAGGACACGCUGGACAUUCAUAGGAAAGCAUUGAGUAAUGCUUUCCUAUAGGCGGUUUGAAUGCGUUCACAGCUCUGGCCGCCCAUGCGCAUUCGGAGCUGACGUUAGCAGGGGAAGGAGAGAUCUCCAGGGCCGAGGGAGCCCGGCGCUUGAUUAAGGUAAGUGGCUGAAGGGUUUUAACCCCUUCAUCCCAGCGGGAGGGGGGGACCUUAUUAUAACCUUAUAGUGCUAGGACAAAGAGUUUGUUUUCCUGGCACUAUAGUGCUCCUUUAAAGUGACUGAUUGGCUCUUCUUCACAUUCCUCCUUGCUUGUGCCCAGGUGAUGUGAUGUAGCCUCUACUUCCAGAUGAUCGAUCCAACAGAUUUCAUUUCGAUGUUCCCUUUCCUAACUGGUGUAGUUUGAGCACACUGUUUUACUGCUGUAGAAUGUGUCACAGUUCAUUGUCACAGCAUUCCUGCAUGUCUACAGGCUGACAUGCCAUCCUUAUCUAGAGUGUGACUGUUAUUCAGAGAGAAAUCGCUGUUACUUUAGUAUUUUACAGGUAGAGCCCAGUUCUUAGAUAAUUGGUUUGUCAUUUGGGGCAUUUUUCAGGUAUGUAAAUGUUUGCAGAUCUGAGUGGACAAACUUCAUAUUUUAGUUUUAAAUAUUUCUUCAAAAUAUAUUUUGGCAUAAAAUCAGCAUCACCUUAAACAAAUUGCUUUUAAAGAGUGGACAAUAUUUACAUAUAUAGGAUUUAUUUUUAUUUAUUUUUAAACUGAGAAUUGGUCAAAGGUCUGAAUACAUUUGGAAGAUAUUCUAUGUAUCUGUAAAUGUGUAGUCCUAUUUUUUAUUUUUUUAUUAUUCUUUAUUUUUGGGUUGUCGUCGCUUCCAUUGCACUUACAUCAGUACAAAAUAUAAAUGCAUUCAGAUUACAUAGCAUGGUUACAUACAUGAGGUUGUACAAUAGUUGGUUUAGGUUCUGUUGUCUAAUUGUUGCAUGAUGAGUUGGCUUCCCCUCAGUCUAUCAUUAGUAUAUUGUGAUGACAAGUUUUUUGUUUUGUUAUUUUAAUAACAUGAAAGAACAUAAUAAACAUUUCCCUUACGUAGCUUGUUUGUGGCCCACUGGAUAAAUGAAUAGAAAGGGGAGAGAAAGACUUGGGAACAGACAGGUGGUGCAUAUGUGGAGAGGCUCCUGGUUCAGAAGUCAUGGUGGUUGCCUGGGUCACAAGAAGGGGUCGGCAUUAGUGUGCAUAUAUAAGGGGUACCCCAGGAUGGCCUGUUCGUGGUAGGAGUCUGUUCCUGUUUCCAGCCACAUCAGAGGGUCAGGGUUGGGAUUCUUAUUACUGGAUUCGGGGUGAAUACUAUCGCAACCCAUUCUCCCGCCAUCCACAAUUCCCAAAAAAAAAAUUUAUGCUUUCACAGUGCCCCUAAUUUGUGCAGUCAGGUUGUCCAUAGGUCGUGUAUGUGUAGUUGUAUGUGUAGUCCUAUUAAAAGUAUUCUGCGUAUGUCUAGGCCUUCCCACUUAAGGGGACACUCCACUUGGGGUAUAUCUAGAAACAGUUUGCACAAGCUGCACAUCUCUUAUCUGCAGUCUUUGCAAACUCUCCCCUUUAUCCCCUCCCAGUCUUUGUGUCUGCCCAAUCAGACCUCCCAAUGCAGCGCAAUGAGAAGUUUCUCCAAGGGGUGCUCUGGGAAAUUUCUGCCUCUUGAGUUUAGCUCCACUGAGCUAAACAAACCAGGAAGUAACAGAACCGGUUAUCUGACAACCAGCGGGAUGUAACAAGGUUAUUUAUACAAGUAACAAUUUCUAUUGAAAUCUGCAAUCCUUGGUAACUUUACACAUAAAGCAUGUCAGUAGGAUAAAGCGCUUUAGGUGUCUGGAGUGUCCAUUUUAAGCCAGUUUCUGACCGUCUUUGCUCACCUGUGUUUGUAUGCAGAGAAUUUGUCCACUUCAGGGAUGCAUUUUGAAGCCAGUGUAUUGUGUAAAUAUACCUGGUGCAAACAUACAAGGUUUAUCCACAAACAAAACUCUUGCUCUACAGGUGAUACUCGAAAAAUUAGAAUAUCGUGCAAAAGUUCAUUUAUUUCAGUAAUGCAACGUAAAAGGGGAAACUAAUAUAUGAGAUAGACGCAUUACAUGCAAAGCAAGAUAGUUCAAGCCGUGAUUUGUCAUAAGUGCGAUGAUUAUGGCUUACAGCUCAUGAAAACCUCAAAUCCACAAUUUCAGUAAAUUAGAAUAUUGUGAAAAGGUGCAAUAUUCUAGGCUCAGUGUCCCACUCUAAUCAGCUAAGUAAACCAUAACAUCUGCAAAGGGUUUCUAAGCCUUUAAAUGGUCUCUGUCUGGUUCAGUAGGAAUCACAAUCAUGGGGAAGACUGCUGACAUGACAGUUGGGCAGAAAACCAUCAUUGACACCCUCCAUAAGGAGGGAAAGCCUCAAAAGGUAAUUGCGAAGGAAGUUGGAUGUUCCCAAAGUGCUGUAUCAAAGCACAUUAAUAGAAAAUUACGUGGAAGGGAAAAGUGCGGAAGAAAAAGGUGCACAAGCAGCAGGGAUGACCGCAGCCUGGAGAGGAUUGUCAGGAAAGGGCCAUUCAAAUGUGUUGGGGACUUUCACAAGGAGUGGACUGAGGCUGGAGUCAGUGCAUCAAGAGCCACCACACACAGACGGAUCCUGGACAUGGGCUCAGAUGUCGUAUUCCUCUUGUCAAGCCACUCAUGAAUAAACAAUGUCAGAAGCGUCUUACCUGGGCUAAAGAAAAACAGACCUGGUCUGUUGCUCAGUGGUCCAAAGUCCUCUUUUCGGGGGGCGGGGCCGGGCCGCCGAGCUGAGCGGCAGCCAUCCGAGCUAGCUCCGGCAAUAGGCCGCAUCAAUAUAAGGAAAUAAUGCAUUAAAAGCCCACCUGGAACCGAGACAGACAUGGGCAUUGAGCGAGAGGUGGAACGGGAGCACACCGCAUGAGCCCCAGCUAGACCACGACCGAGCUAUCUGCAUAACUUAGGCAAGAUGGGCCCACGGGGCCUAGGCGCAUGCGGCGACGGCCGGUGGCGAGAGACAGCACGGCAGAGGGAGAGAGGGGGAUCAGGACCCGCUAGAGAGACCUUGCAAUGACCGACCGGCUUGACAUAUAGGAGCGCCCUUGGCAUUAGCGUACCAGAGGCCACGGUAGAGAGCAGCCUGCACAGUUACAACUUAUUUUGCCAGGCACUACUAUGCCACCUCCAGCGGAGAGACUCAAUUAUCGCCGCUCUACAGAUCCACUUCACCUGAGCGCUGUCCCAAGUAAAGAAUAAAUAAAACAACAAAGGACAGAUAAAGAUAACGGGACUGUUCCAUGAUAAUUCGUUUAAGAAACCGUUCUUUCUGCAAUUUUAGUUUUUACUUGCUUUGAUUAUUUGAUACUAGUUUGUCAUUACUAAGUUAGCUUAAAAUGCUAAAGGAAUACAGAGUUUAUGCUAUAAUACCCAUAGGGGCCAAUGAUUGAUGCGGUUUGUUGCUGCGUACAUAAUAGCUGCCAGCUACAUGAUAAGCUGUGAAGUAGCUUAUUACUACAUACCUGACAACCAGAUAGCUUUAUUAUAUAUUAAGCCAGGCUAUUACAAUGCGUUUUACAUGUUUGUAGCUUUAACGGUACUGCUUAUGUACUACCUGACCAUGCACUGACUUAUUUAAAACUGCAUGACCUGUUUGCACCAGGCCUCAGAAAUCCGAUAAAUCGGGAAGCCUUAACAUCUGAGAUUAAGCUACCAGUCCGCUAUACAUCGCAGUAUAUCUUUAAUCGCAUUACAUACAUGACUGCAUAUAUAAUGAACAUGCUCGUCUCAUAUAAUUAGCACCAUCAGCAUUACCAACAUGGUUUUUAAACGACAGACUGCUGAUGUGACUUAUCAGAAUAGCUUCGAACCAGAUAUAGACACAGGCACGCCGACGGCUGUAAAUGCAUCAAGCUUUUAAGUCCCACGCAGCGGAAAAUCAGAUCCUUAUAUUAAACAUAUACUGUCACAUACAUCAGCAACGGAUAUCAGAGGUUCACUGGGAUCAUACACAGAAAUAAGCUAUACUGACCACGCAAUUACAUGCCACUCCAGUGACAUGCACGGCUACCGGAUUAUAUCCAGGCCACACUUAACAUUAGAGAAUACAUACAAUUAUAGGACGCAACCAGGUGCAGACGUUAAUGUUACCGCAGUUAACAAACUAACAGUCUUUCAUUGCCUUUUUAUUAUACUAGCUCACCAUGACAUGCUUUUGAUUGUGAUGCCUACUUUUGAAAAGCCUAUGUAUACUUAAUAUACGUGAAUAUGUGCAUACAUUGACCCAUACGCCUCUGCGCAGGCAACCGCAUGUUAGUCAGAUGAAACCAUAAUAUGUUUGUCUCAUGUCAACUACAAUUUUUAAACGCACGCCUCAACGUAGGCGACUAACCGCAUCAACUGUACUACACUUGAAACACGCGUUGAUACGGUGAAAACAAUAAAAAAUAUUUAAAACAAAGUCCUCUUUUCUGAUCAGAGCAACUUUUGCAUCUCAUUUGGAAACCAAGGACCCAGAGACUGGAGGAAGAAUGGAGAGGCACACACUGCAAGAUGCUUGAAGUCCAGUGUGAAGUUUCCACAGUCUGUGUUGAUUUGGGGAGCCAUGUCAUCUGCUGGUGUUGGUCCACUGUGCUUCAUUAAUUCCAGGGUCAACGCAGCCGUCUACCAGGAGAUUUUGGAGCACUUCAUGCUUCCUUCCACAGACGAGCUUUAUGGGGGUGCUGACUUCAUUUUCCAGCAGGACUUGGCACCUGCCCACACUGCCAAAAGCACCAAAGCCUGGUUCAAUGACCGUGGGAUUACUGUGCUUGAUUGGCCAGCAAACUCGCCUGACCUGAACCCCAUAGAAAAUUUAUGGGGCAUUGCCAAGAGAAAGAUGAGACUUGAGACCGAACAAUGCAGAAGAGCUGAAGGCCACUAUUGAAGCAUCCCGGUCUUCCAUAACACCUAAGCAGUGCCACAGGCUUAUAGCUUCCAAACCAAGUACUGAGUCCAUAUGCAUGUUUGUACUUUUCAGAGGUCCGAUAUUGUUCUAUGUACACUCAUUGUUUUUUUUGAUUGCAUGUAAUAUUCAAAUUUACUGAGACUGUGGAUUUGAGGUUUUCAUGGGUAUAUGUUGAGCCUUAUUGUUAAGCCAUUUUAGCCUCAAUUUCUUAAAAAUGUUCUAGAAUUUUAAUUUAAAGUUAAUAUAUGCUAGUGUGUGUAAAAAAAACAAAACACCACUUCGCUUACUUUUUGUCAAGUUGUUUAAAAACAGGGAUGAAAAUAUAUUCUGCCCAGUACAGUUUUUUUGGGGGAAAAUGGCAAAUUGAAGAUGGAUCUUUGGGACAUUUAAGUAACUCCUAUAUUUUAAAAUGUUUAAAUACCAAUUGCCAAAGUGGUGACUUUUUAUUUUUACAUACACAGUAUUUUUAUGCUUAUUCUCUAAAUCUCAUGUGUUCCACUGUAAUAAAAUUCUUAGCUGUACCCAGCAGCAGCUCCUGAUUACAGCAAUAAGCAAUAUGUAAAUCUUUGGAAAGUAACAGUCUAAAUCCCUAAACUAUCCCGAAUUAUAAACCAAAUAUAACCAUAACUCUUACAUUUUCCCUAACCUAUACCCUAAUCAUAUAAUUAACCAUAGUUAUACUCUUAAAGGAACUCUAUAGGAUCAGGAAUACAAGCACGUAGCUUGACCCUCUAGUGUUAAAAACAAUAUUUAGGUGGCUGGCUCCCCCUUACCUUAAAUCUUACCUUUAUUCCAGCACCUAGCGGGUCUGCUGGUGCUGGCUCCGCCUCCUUGGCUGAGAUCACCAGAAUUGACACGCUGCCAAUUCAAUGCUUUCCUAUGGGAAAGCUUUGGAUUGACUGAAAUAAUCAAUUCUGAUCAUUUCUGUGAAGGGGUGGAGCCAAACGCCAUGCUGGACAAUCAGCACCUCCUCAUAGAGAUGCAUUGAAUCAAUGCAUCUCUGUGAGAAAUGUUCAGAAUGUAGGUGCACUUCUAGUGGCUGUCUGAGUGACUGCCACUGAAGGUGUCCCUAGGCAGCAAUGUAAACCCUGCUUUUUUUCCUCUGCAAAGGCAGUUUUUACAUGAAAAUAACUUCAUGUACUGGCAAUACACACUAGAGCCACUACAUUAAGCUGUAGUUGUUCUGGUGACUAUAGUGUCCCUCUAAUCCUAAACUUAACAAUCUUAUAGGGUUUACUCUGCUACUGUCAAUAGAGGGAUCCCCAUUCUGACCUUAAUUUUAAUCAACCAUAAUCCGAGCCGUAACCUGAAACAUCCCAAUACUACCCUUAAUUCUAAACCUUAUCUUAAACAUAAACUUAAUAAUAACCCCAAUACUUAUUCUAAGCCAAAUCAUAAUCCUUAAUUUAAUCUUAACCCCAAAGGUUUUCCUCCUAAAGCCAUACUGACAUUAGUAAAGCGGUUCUAAGCUACAUUGCUGCCAUCUCCUGGAUAUUUUCAGUAUGGCAAUUUCCUAUCUGCAAUACUGAAGAUAGUAUGCCCAGUGCAUUGCAAUCUGUGUUGGGCAAAUGACAAAGUCCAGCAGUUAGAAUGGCAUUGCGUCACAGAGGGUGACCCCUAGGGUCUGUGGGCCUCCCACGCACCAUAUCCUUUAAGCGAAUGACUGUAGCUGAGUUUAAUCGCUUAAAUGACACUAAAAAUGUCCCCAGCUGACAGAUGGCAGCUACAUUUAUCUAUUGAUACCUGGACUUCCUGGUGUAAACAGGGAUUUAACAAUGCUCACACAAUGAUUUAGAUAUAGGCAUUUAAAUGCAUCAAAAAGUCUGGGACCACUAAAAAUGUCCCCAGCUGACAGAGAGCAACUAUUGAUACCUGGGAUUCCUGGUGUGAGCAGGGAUUUAACCCUGUGAUCUAGAUAUAGGCAUUUAAAUGCAUAUAGAUCAUCAAAAAGUCUAGGGCCACAAAAAAUGUCCCCAGCUGAUAGAGGGCAGCCCAAGUAUCCAUUGAUAGGGACUCCCUGGUAUGAGCAGAGAUUUACCAUACUCACACAGCUUUGUAACAGUGGCAAUUUAAAUCACUAUUUAAAUGCUUAUUUGCAGCGCUCACUUUAAACUCUGAAACACAGCAUUGGUCAGUCUGGGGCAACUAAUUCUGGCCCCAGGAAUCAAAUAACACCUGGGGUUCCUAGUUACCAACAGGGAAACAGCCCCUGCUGGAAAAAUACUGCGUGAUGGAAAUGUUCUAUCAUAUGUCCUUAAAGGACCACUAUAGGCACCCAGCUCAAUUAAGUGGUCUAAGUGCCAGGUCCCCCUAGUUUUAACCCUGCAGCUUUAAAACUGCUAUGAUUACAUUGCAGGGUUAAUCCAGCAUCUAGUGGCUGUCUCCCUGACAGCCACUAGUCCCCGCGUCCGCCAUUCUCAGUGAGUAAAUCGCACUGAAAUGACGCUGGACGUCCUCACGGAGUCCAGCGUCAAUAAGAUUUCCAUAGGAAAGCAUUGAGUAAGGCUUUCCUAUGGGCAGGUUUGAAUGCGCGCACGUGCCUCUGGCCGCGCAUGCGCAUUCCGCUCCACUCGGGAGCUGAUGUCGGCAGGGGGAGGAGAGGUCACCAGUGCAGAGGGAGCCCGGCCCUGGAUUAAGGUAAGUAGCUGAAGGGGUUUAAACCCCCUUCAGACCAGUGAGAGGAGGGGGACCUAUUAACCCUAUAGUGCCAGGAAAACGGGUUUGUUUUCCUGACACUGUAGGGUUCCUUUAAGGUAUUAGUGAACACCAUUGUUGCGCAAAUAUAAUUGCAAUACAAUGUAUCAAAAUUCAAAUCCCUAUCCACAUUUCCCUUCCCAGAGAAUCAAAAGUUCCUGCGCCACCUGCUGGUCACAAGUGGAAGGAAGUUCGAUAUGACAAUUCAGUUACUUGGCUGGCUUCAUGGACUGAAAAUAUCCAGAAUUCUAUCAAGUACAUCAUGCUAAACCCCAGCUCCAAACUCAAGGUGAGUGAGAUCUAGUUACCAGAACAUGACUAAGCGAUGUGUGAUGUAGUUACAUUUAACAUGCACCACAAUAAUAAGCCACUUAAAGUCCACUGAUCGGCAAUUCUAUCUGCAAUGUAUAGGGAGAGAAAGACUGGCAGAAGUAUGAAACGGCACGCCGUCUGAAGAAUGUAGUUGAUCAGAUACGAUCUCAGUACCGUGCAGAUUGGAAGUCUCGUGAGAUGAAGAAGCGACAGAGAGCAGUGGCCCUCUAUUUCAUUGAUAAGGUGACAUAUCUUCUACUGCCUGUUUUGACUUGUGUCCGUGGCAAAGUGUGAUCUAGAGCUGAAACCUGACUCGCUGUUCCUAGAGGGGUAUCCGCUACACCUCACUGACAAGGCUAAGAAGAAUGGAGAAAUCAUCCAAUGUUGUUGGUAUUGGUCUUUUCUUCUCUCACCUGGGACUAACCAAUGGGAAAAGUUAUUAAAUAUCUGUCCUGUGUUCUUACACCCUGUUACAGCUUAAAGUUGCAGUUGUUCAACGUAACAUGGUUAAUAUUUUUUUAAUCCAUUAAUUUGAGAAUGUCGUCCAUUUAACAGCUUGCACUCAGGGCGGGGAAUGAGAAAGAAGAAGGUGAAACGGCAGACACUGUGGGCUGCUGCUCUCUGAGAGUCGAGCACAUACAGCUACACUCUGAGAUAGAUGGGCAGAAAAAUGUGGUGGAGUUCGACUUUCUGGGAAAAGAUUCAAUCCGAUAUUAUAACAAGGUCCCCGUGGAGAAGGAGGUAACAAAGUCCCAUUAUCUUCCCCUCCCUUCAAAACUCUGCUGUACGUAUAGUCUAUCAAGAUAAAAUUAUAAAUAGAAUAUAAUGCAAACUAGUUUAGCAACUGCCUCUGGUUUACUUUAGUUACUUGUUGGAGAUAUAUUCUUCUAAAUUGUCUAUGUGUGUAUAUUUUUUAGUAGCAUGUUUAGGAGUAUUAUAAUUCUAAGAGUGGAUCUAAUUCAGUAUUACCGCGGGUUGCUUUGCUUUUAGAACCAAUAAUGUUUUAUACAGAAAGCCUCUCUCAGGAUCUGUUCUUCUUUUCUUCCUGUCUUCUUUAGUUUUCUUUAAAAUCAUAAGACAAAGUAGGGACUCUUUGCUCCUCCGCUGGUCAAGCGGAGGAAACCUCCAUAAGGCAAAGUGUGCUUCAUUUCUGCUGGUCAGAGCAAUUUUCCCAUAAUUCCUACAUUUCCUCUGUGACCUUGCGAUGCUUCCUGCCAUUUUAGACGAAACUGCCGGAUUGCUUUCUAACUGAAUGAGAACAGUAUGUUCGUUUGUUUUAGAACUCAAUUCGGCACUUUGUUCGUAUCGGAAUUUCAUUUGAAUGAAACUCCGAUUCAAUUUGUGCCGUGGCUGUAUCUUGCAGACGCUUAGUAGAUAACUCCCUAAUUCCCAUGGUAUUAGGGAGUUAUCUUCCAAAAGGCUGAACAACCUAAAUUGGUCUUUCAGCCAACUUUACUAAUACUAAGUAAAGAUUACUUGGUAUUAGUAAAUAAUAUACCCCUACUCGCUAUAACGUGAGUAGGGGCAUGUCAAGUAAACAAUUGUCCCCCCAGCCCCCACCUGUGCAGAGUCCUCCCACCCCUUGGCCCCCACUCCUGAGCGGCGGUGGGGACCCUUAACAGUAGGGGGGGGGGAGACCUAUUGCCUCCCUUCAUUAUCUUUAUGGCCCCCACCUGCCACCCGGGGGGGGGACAAUAGGGAUUUUUGGGGGGGGGGGUUUAAACCGUGAGCAGCCACAGGUAUAGCGAGUAGGGGCAUUCAGGAGAUUUUAAUCUCCCUCAUAGAGUGAUGGGGGGCUUAGGAAGUGGCGGGGAGCAUUGCUCCCUGCCGCUUCUAUCUUUACAUAUUACAAGGAGGGAGCUGCACGCCAUGACGAAUUAAUAGAUGACGAAUGAAUAGAUGAAACUCACGUUCGAAUGUCCAAGUGUUUAACUGGGCAUGUGCGGGAAUCUCACAGGCUAUCUGUGUGGGCAGAUGAUGUGUCCCACAGGGACUUCAUCUACCCACACAAAGAUGGCGGCGCCCUGAAUAUAGGUCGGGGCAGAAAAUAAAGAAAAAAAUAGGUAAUAUGGGGGGCUUAGAGGCAUUUGGGGGUGACUAAGGGGUCAGUUAGAUGUAGUGGAGUCGGGGGCUUUUAGUCCCAAAUCUACACACUGUACAGGUUCUAUGCUUACUCGAACACCCAAGAAGAAGCACAAGCUUUGUGGGAGACGUGAUGGAGUGAAAUGUAUCGAAUUUUACGACAAAGAUUGAGGCUAAUGUAUAAAGCGCUGUACAUUCCGAAGCCAUGCACAUGAGAUUCGCCUCUGUAUCUCAAUACAAACUGCAGCUCAGCACACCACAUGCGAUGAGUCCUAAAAUCUCUAGUCUUUGAAAAGUCACCUUACAGUUUUUAUACCCCAGCAAUCAGUAAAUGUAAAAUCAUUUACAUAGACUUGGUUUACUGGGAAGUAAAGAUUUGAGCAGCGCUCACAGAUGGCGAGAUCUUCUCACGAUGUGCUAAGCACGCUGUCAUCUUCUUUUACAAACUGCAUUCAUGGAACUAUAAUAUAAUAAGACAUUUGGUUUUUGAUUUUUAUUUCUAGGUGUUCAAGAACUUGAAACUGUUUAUGGAAAAUAAAGACCCAGAUGAUGAUCUCUUUGACAGACUCAAUGUAAGUAAUGUUUUAAUACAGUUACAGUAAGAAAUGGUGCGUGCUCGCUCUGGGAGUGUUGGUGUGAUAAGGAAUAGCUCGCUCUGUGAGUGUAGGUGUGAUAUGGAAUAGCUCGCUCUGUGAGUGUAGGUGUGAUAUGGAAUAGCUCGCUCUGUGAGUGUAGGUGUGAUAUGGAAUAGCUUGCUCUGUGAGUGUAGGUGUGAUAUGGAAUAGCUCGCUCUGUGAGUGUAGGUGUGAUAUGGAAUAGCUCGCUCUGUGAGUGUAGGUGUGAUAUGGAAUAGCUCGCUCUGGGAGUGUAGUGUAGGUGUGAUGUAGGUGGAAUAGCUUCGCUCUGUGAGUGUAGGUGUGAUAUGGAAUAGUUCGCUGGAAUAGCUCGCUCUGGGAGUGUAGGUGUGCUCUGGAAUAGCUCGCUCUGGGAGUGUAGGUGUGAUCUGGAAUAGCUUGCUCUGGGAGUGUAGGUGUGAUAUGGAAUAGCUCGCUCUGUGAGUGUAGGUGUGAUAUGGAAUAGCUCGCUCGCUCUGGGAGUGUAGGUGUGAUAUGGAAUAGCUCGCUCGCUCUGGGAGUGUAGGUGUGAUAUGGAAUAGCUCGCUCGCUCUGGGAGUGUAGGUGUGAUAUGGAAUAGCUCGCUCGCUCUGGGAGUGUAGGUGUGAUAUGGAAGGGGCUCAUCACCUGGAUGUAGGUGUGAUAUGGAAUAGCUCGCCUGGGAGUGUAGGUGGAUAUGGAAUAGCUCGCCGCCUGGGAGUGCAGGUAUGUUUGCCUGCCUGGGAGUGUAGGUGAUAUGGAAUAGCUCGCCUCGGCCUGGGAGUGUAGGUGUGAUAUGGAAUAGCCUGCCUCAGCCUGGGAGUGUAGGUGUGAUAUGGAAUAGCUCGCUCUGGGAGUGUAGGUGUGAUAUGGAAUAGCUCGCUCGCUCUGGGAGUGUAGGUGUGAUAAGGAAUAGCUCGCUCUGGGAGUGUAGGUGUGAUAUGGAAUAGCUCGCUCGCUCUGGGAGUGUAGGUGUGAUAUGGAAUAGCUCGCUCGCUCUGGGAGUGUAGGUGUGAUAUGGAAUAGCUCGCUCUGGGAGUGUAGGUGUGAUAUGGAAUAGCUCGCUCGCUCUGGGAGUGUAGGUGUGAUAAGGAAUAGCUCGCUCUGGGAGUGUAGGUGUGAUAUGGAAUAGCUCGCUCUGUGAGUGUAGAUGUGAUAUGGAAUAGCUCGCUCUGGGAGUGUAGGUGUGAUAUGGAAUAGCUCGCUCUGUGAGUGUAGGUGUGAUAUGGAAUAGCUCGCUCUGUGAGUGUAGGUGUGAUCUGGAAUAGCUCGCUCUGGGAGUGUAGGUGUGAGUGUAGGUGUGAUAUGGAAUAGCUCGCUCGCUCUGGGAGUGUAGGUGUGAUAUGGAAUAGCUCGCUCGCUCUAGGAGUGUAGGUGUGAUAUGGAAUAGCUCGCUCUGGGAGUGUAGGUGUGAUAUGGAAUAGCUCGCUCUGGGAGUGUAGGUGUGAUAUGGAAUAGCUCGCUCGCUCUGGGAGUGUAGGUGUGAUAUGGAAUAGCUCGCUCGCUCUGGGAGUGUAGGUGUGAUAUGGAAUAGCUCGCUCGCUCUGGGAGUGUAGGUGUGAUAUGGAAUAGCUCGCUCGCUCUGGGAGUGUAGGUGUGAUAUGGAAUAGCUCGCUCGCUCUGGGAGUGUAGGUGUGCUAUGGAAUAGCUCGCUCGCUCUGGGAGUGUAGGUGUGCUAUGGAAUAGCUCGCUCGCUCUGGGAGUGUAGGUGUGAUAUGGAAUAGCUCGCUCGCUCUGGGAGUGUAGGUGUGAUAUGGAAUAGCUCGCUCGCUCUGGGAGUGUAGGUGUGAUAUGGAAUAGCUCGCUCGCUCUGGGAGUGUAGGUGUGAUAUGGAAUAGCUCGCUCGCUCUGGGAGUGUAGGUGUGAUAUGGAAUAGCUCGCUUGCUCUGGGAGUGUAGGUGUUUUAUGGAGAGAAUAUAACUGACAAAACAGAUUUUCAGCUUUAAAUGGUUCAGAAUUAAAGUACUGAUUGGCCUGCAGACACGUUUACAGAACUGUAGGUAGGAACUACACUUAGCAGCCACCUGUUGCAGGACCAGCAAUCCCACAACAGCAAAGCAAAUAGAAGAGAAAUCUCCAGGCUCUCAGAAUGUUAAAGCCGCAGGCAGGUUUAUUGAAACAGAAAAGACAGCAACGUUUCAACCUAACAGGAGGUCUUUGUUAAGCGAACACUACAAAACAACAUAUAGCAAACAGUGUGAACAAGGUCCCCAAAAAAUUCAAUAAAAAAAUCUAAAUGUUAACAUGAUCAUCACAUCAUUAGCUUCGGUUAUAUGUGUGCAUAUAUUGGUCUCUAUUUGACAGAUUGCUUGGAGACAUAGGUGCUGGAUUAUUACAGUUUCGUGCUAUUCUUUUGUGAGCUCAUGUGUACGCAUGCGCGAACAUUUAGUGCCGUCUGUGUAUUACUAUACCAACGGCCUUUGCUUAUCCCUCUCUCUCUCGUGCGCAUGCGCUGCCACUAUGCGUUCCAAGACCAGGAAAUGCUUUCAUGCAUUCCACCUACCCGGUAGUGACUCCAUUGGUGUUUAGGGUAAGUGCCCUCUGCUUAUUUUUUGCAUUUUUCUUUUCUUUAUUCCUUUAUUUUGUUUUACUUUAUUUUCAUUUAUUUAUUUUUCUCCCUCCUCUGAUACACAGGGGUAAGUCACGGAUUAUUAUAUUUAUUACAUGUAUGGAUUCUGUUCUAAUUUGCACGGCUUGUUUAAACCAAUUCUGCUAAUUAAUCAUGUUAAUAUUUUUUUAAUUUAAUUAUUUGCGGACCUUGUUCACACUGUUUGCUAUAUAUACACUUUAUGUUGUUUGUGAUGUUAGCUUGACAAAGACCUCCUGUUAGGUUGAAACGUUGCUGUCCUUUCUGUUUCAAUAUACCUGCCUUCGGCUUUAACAUCCUGAGUGCCAGGAGAUAUUUCUUCUAUUUGCUUUGCAGAUCCGUUUAGGCUGUUCAUGUAGUAAGACCAGCCACAAAAAGGCCUCCUUCAAUAAAGCAGCUGCUACAGGGCGUGGGUUUGCAGCGGUGUGGGUUUACUGUUGCAUGAUGCCCAGAACAUAGUGUCAGAUACCGGGCAGGGAGUUUUGUAUUUCUGCAUUUAGCCCUACCAUUCUUUUAACUGGCAAAGUACCAACCGAGUCCGACUCCAUUGCAUUCCACUCAGACUGCAUACACACUAGACACGCUCUGCAGGGACAGUGUGUUAAACACUCAGGGUUACUCUCUAAACUUGAAUUUUGACAAAUUAAAUCUGAAUUGGAAAAUGGAGACAAACGCUGGUUAUAAUAGCUGUGUUGGAGAAUUUAACCAAAGCAGGUUUUGGUUUUUUUUGUCUGUUUUUCCGCUUGGAUUUCAUUUUUGGGAAAUUUUCUGUUUAGUGAAUAAUCCUUUCUCUCGGUCUCUUGGCAACUGCUCCUAUCUGAAAUGAUUUAGUGUCAGGACAAGUCGAUUGUGCUACUGUUUUAUUCCCUUUGGACAAGUAGAUCUAAUUUAUUCCCCUGGUUCGUGAGUUAUUCUAUUGUUUUUGUAGUUUGAUUUAUUCAUACUGAUAAAACUUUCUCCUCUUUUCCCACAUCCCCACCCAUCCAGACCACCAUUGUCAACAAGCAUUUGCAGGACCUGAUGGACGGGUUGACAGCUAAAGUAUUCCGAACGUACAAUGCCUCCAUUACACUGCAGAACCAACUGAAAGCACUGACCAAUGGCAAGUCGUCCUUUACCGCAUUGCCUUGAUUCAUUUAAUGUGCGAUUGGCAGCCAUAUUGUGUUCUGCAUGUUCGAGGGAUCAGAGCGGCAGCACUCUAGGUCAAAAGGGGCAACCUAUGCACCAUAACUACUACAGUGCGCUAUAGUUGCUAAGAUAAUAGAGCGCUUAAAAGGGCAAUCCCAAGUUUGCUAACCUCCAUUGCGUACCGUUAUGGUUCUUUGAAUGUCCCUUUAACCCAUUAACAUGUUCUGCAGGGCUAAUCCGCCAUUAGGGCAGCAUACACAACUUAACGGUUUAGUCCUCCCUCUGGUCCGCCUCCCCUCCCAAAUCUGUCUGAGGGCCUGCCUGACAUCCAAAGCUGUCCCGCUGCUGCCAAAGACGUCAAACUUCAGCCCUGAGCCAGGAGAGGCAGAGAGGUCAUUGCCUGAACUGUGCUAAAAGUUAUAAAAGUGAAAAUAAAGUGCUGGUCACGGUAUGACUGUGACUGUCCCAGAAAUACAAACCUUCACAAUAACAGUAGAUGUUUGUGAACCAAAUAACUAUUUUAGCCUCUUUAUGCCGGCUGAUGACUGAGCUGGUCUUUGAAUUGGGGGUCACAUUACAGUAGAGAAAGCAUGUGGCCCCCUCUGAUGUCACAGAAUGUAAAUUAUUUUGGGCAGCAAAUGUAGAUUAAAGGAAACCUUUUUUUAUAUAUCAUUAUUACUGGAAAUUUAACGUGUUUUAUAUAGCUAGUUUAUUCAAUACAUUGUUAAUGAGCACAUAUAAGUUCUAACCUUUUGCAGUGCUUCACUCCAAUUACCCCUGCUCUGAUCUGGUUUGUCUGCAUAGUUUUGGUUGGAUAAGCUGUGCUUCCAACUAAGUGGGACUACCCCGGAGUGAGGCUAGUACUAGUAUGCAUGCAUUACAAAAUGAUGCAUGUCAUCUUUAAUAUAAAUAAUAAUUACAUCGUGGUUUUUUGGGGGGGGUUUGUCUGCAUUUACUGAUGUUUUCUUACUGGUCUAGUAAGUGCAGUGUGUCUACUUAAUCCCACAAUGCUGUGCAAACAACACCACAAGUAAACCAAGGCAGGAUUUGAGGGACUCACUGACCAGCAUUGCUGUAAAAGUAAAACUCUUCAAUAAUGUCAGCAACACUGUUACUGUUAAUGUGACUGUGCAAUAUAGUGAGAGAAAUAGGGUACCAUAUCUCCGCUCUGUAAGGACACUACUGCAUAGAUUUUAUAAAAGUUAACAUUCAAAAAAACAAGCUAGUUUUUAGGGAUCGGCCGAUAUUCAGUAUUUUCGGCAAUAUCAGUAUCGGCCAAUAGAGAUGCCGAUAUUACCGCUAAUACCUCCUAGGACCGCCGGGCCCGUUACAAGCCCGGCAGUCCUGGGGGGGCCCGCAGCAAGCUGUUACUUUCCUCCCAGUGCAAAUCUCGUGAGUCCCGCGGCCAUCAGAGCGUUGCCACGGGUUAUGAUGGCAACGCUCUGCGCAACACACUGGCCGCGAGAUUUACACAGGGAGCUGGAGGAGCUGCUGGGAGGUAACUGCUUGCUGCGGGGCCCCCACUGCUCAGUACGUGUCACUGGACCACCAGGGAAUGUCAUAGCCCCCCUCCCUGGCCAGGUAACAAGCAGGGAGGGGGGUCAAAAAAUAAAACCUAUAAAUAUUAAAAAUACAAAAUGCCUCCCCUCCUGCCCAUUUUACAUAAAUUACAUACAUACACCGCAUCCACUACAUGUGGCAUGUAUAUUUUGUGCAUUUACCUUUAGAAAUAGUUUAUUUUUUUCAAAAUGGUAAAUGUACAGAAUAUUGGCAAAUUAUAGGCUAUCGGCCUGAGAGUUCACAGAUUAUCGGUAUCGGCUCUUAAAAAAAAAAAACAAUAUCGGUCGAUCCCUACUAGUUUUUGCACUAGUUGAUCCUAGUUUUUAUAGCAUCUAUGGUGAGCCAGUGUGCUCCGUGCUGACCAUAACCUCCUGCUCAGCUGAGGUUUAUGGGAUAUAAUACUAGUCGCACAGAAUGAAUCCCUCUGCUAUUCUGUAUGGCUGCUACCUACCUGCUGACCGUUCCAUUUACACCAUGCUGAGUAAAUGUCAAUUUUGUUUUUUUUCUUCUUAUUCAGUGUAACUAAUUUGAUUUCUCCUUACAUGUGUGUACUCUGACCAUCAUGGCUCGGGAAUGCUUUAAUUCUUAUGAAAACUCUGGAUUGUAACAGCCGAUGAUAAUGUAGCUGCUAAAAUCCUGUCUUAUAAUCGGGCAAACAGAGCUGUUGCAUUACUUUGUAACCACCAGAGGGCGCUACCCAAAACCUUUGAAAAGUCCAUGCAAAACCUGCAAGCGAAGGUAAGCUGUUAGGCUUUCAUUUCUUUCUAAAUGCACAAAAACUUGCAUGUUGUGUAUUAAAUACAAAAUGUCCUUUGCUUUUCAUAUUUAGUAUACUUGCAGAGGGAUCCCGGCAAUUUUGUCUAUUUAGACAUAGUUACAUAGCUGAAAAGAGACUUGCGUCCAUCAAGUUCAGCCUUCCUCACAUAUGUUUUUGCUGUUGAUCCAAAAGAAGGCAAAAAACCCAGUCUGAAGCGCUUCCAAUUUUGCAACAAACUUGGAAAAAAUUCCUUCUUGACCCCAAAAUAGCAGUCAGAUGUCUCCUUGGAUCAAGCAGCUAUUACCCCACUAAUUAGAAAUUAUAUCCCUGUAUGUUAUGUUUUUGCAAGUAUUUAUCCAAUUGCAGUUUAAACAUCUGUAUGGACUCUGACAAAACCACCUUUUCAAUCACAUAAUUCCACAUCCUUAUUGCUCUUACCGUAAAAAAACCUUUUCUUGUUUUAUAUAGAUAAUUGGGCAGACUAGAUGGGCUGAAUGGUGCUUAUCUGCCGUCACAUUCUAUGUUUCUAUAUUCAGUUACUCACGAUUUCCAAAUCCUUAACGGAAUGAGCUACAUGGAUCCCUGCUAUUUCCAAACCAAUAUUCAUUUUAAAAUGGCGCAUCUGAAUUGUGACUACAGAAUAGUGGCAGUAAUGUAAAGUUGGGAGGCGGGGUUGGUGUAUCCGUGUAGGGUUCAGUGCAGUUUGAAAUACCGGGGGGUGGGGGGGACUUAGAAUGUUUUUUUUUUAGAACAGGUUUCCUGACAAUACAAAAAAAGCGGCUGUGAAAUCAUGUGUUUACAAAUAAAAAGUAAAUGCUGGUGAUUCCCAGACCUGUAAUUACCUUAUUGUUUUUCUCGAGUAAUUAUAUGUCUGUCUCCACGACUUUGUUGUCUGGCAGAAGCACAGAGUCCAAGUCAAAGUUCCAAUGAGUACUUGUGGUCUUUUGUCUGAGUUUGAUUACCUUGCAUACAGAGGAACCCAAGGCUUUAAAAAAAAUAAAAAUAAAAAUAAUCUGCGUGAUUUCUGAAACUCCCUACAGUUUGAAAUCUGAUUCUCUCUAUUGGGUAACCGUGAUAACAUGUUCUCUGUGCAGGGCUGCGUUGUCUACCCAGAUAGUUGUAUAAGCCACACUCUCUAUAUUGAGCUUUAUGUCUGGCUUCUGUUGUGAUUCUCUCAAUAGUAUACAGUAAAUCGUUUGUCUCGACUCGUGGCCAGAACAAAAAUGGACACAGGUUCUGGGUUAUUUACAAAAUAGGCCACAGUAGAUGAACUGGAAAAAUUCUCAGCCAGUGUUCUCUCUUUUAAUUUUACUUGACUUUACUUAUAUUUAUGCAUUAAGGGGUCAAUACAUUUUCUGCAAUUCUUGUCCAUUCCUAGUGCACAUAAGGCUCCCAUUUGUAAAUCCUAUUUGGAUGGAAGACCAUGUACAAUCCAUCUGAAAAGGUCCCAGAAGCUGAGGCCUUUUCAGUUGUCCACUAUGUCAGGAUUCACAAAAUCACACUGGAUCCUAAGUACUUGCACAGUCUUGGGAUAAGCGGCGCUUACAUCCAUAGAGGACUUAAAGGACCACUAUAGUGCCAGGAAAACAUACUCGUUUUCCUGGCACUAUAGUGCCCUGAGGGUGUCCCCACCCUCAGGGUCCCCCUCCCACCGGGCUCUGGGGGGAAAAAGGGGUUAAACUCACCUCUUUCUCCAGCGCCAGGCGGGGAGCUCUCCUUCUCCUCUCCGCCUCUUCGGCUGAAUGCGCGUGCAUUCAGCCAGUCCAUAGGAAAGCACAUGCUUACUUGGCAGGAACCUCACAUCCUGGUUACUGAGUGACAGGAUGAUGGGACGUGGCUCUGGAGCUGUGCUGCACACCUUGUGUGUGUGUGUCAGGGUGUAUGUUUAUGUCCGUGUGUAUCUGUAUCAUGGUGUGGGCAUGUAUCAAUAUUUGUGUGUGUAUGUAUCAGUGUCUUUAUAUGCAUCUGUGUGUUAAUGUGCAGGGUCCCCCUCCCGCCCAGCUCUGGAAAGGGGUUAAAACUUACCUUUUUCCAGCGCUGGGCGGGGAGCUCUCCUCCUCCGAUCCUCCUUCUCUCCUCCCCGUCGGCUGAAUGCGCAUGCGCGGCAAGAGCUGCCCGCGCAUUCAGCCAGUCACAUAGGAAAGCAUUCAUAAUGCUUUCCUAUGGACGCUGGCGUGCUCUCACUGUGAAAAUCACAGUGAGAAGCACGCAAGCGCCUCUAGUGGCUGUCAAUGAGACAGCCACUAGAGGAAAUAGGGGAAGGCUUAACCCAUUCAUAAACAUAGCCGUUUCUCUGAAACUGCUAUGUUUAUGAAAAAAUGGGUUAACCCUAGCUGGACCAGGCACCCAGACCACUUCAUUCAGCUGAAGUGGUCUGGGUGCCUAGAGUGGUCCUUUAAAGAAAGCCAAUGUCUUAUAGCAAGGGAAAGCAAGGGUGUGAAAUUAAAGUUGUACCUAGUUCUAUAUGUGGACUUUUUACUCCUGAUAUACUGCUAUGAAUAAGUGUUGCUUAAAAAUAAAAAAAAACAAUGUAUAUGUCAUUCUACAGAAGCAAAACAUUUCCAAUUCAUGUUUUUAUUAACCAAACUAGUAACAUCUAGUAUUCUUACAAUGUUACGGAGUAAAACUGCUGGGCUUCUCCAAAUUGAUCUGAUUUUGUUAUUCUGACCCAAGUAUGUACCUUCUUUUUCUGGCUAUACAGAUUGAUGCAAAAGAACAGCAGGUGAAAGAUGCAAAGAAAGAGUUAAAGAAUGCAAAAGCAGACCACAAGGCCAGGAAGACUGAAAAAUCCAAAAAGUAAGGAGUUAAUAAAAUAUUGGUGCUCCAAACAUUGAAGGGAGCCUAGUUUGCCAAUUAGCAUAUCAUAGGGAACAUUUUACCAGCUAUAGCAGGACAGUAAUAGAAAAUACCUCUAAUGGCUGUCUGAGUGGCACCCUCUAGAUGUAAACACAGCCUUUUCACAUAACUGUGUUUACAAAGCAGAGACUGCAGGGAGAGUUUCUCUGCAGCAGAAUGGCUAAUUACAUUUGGUGGUGCUGGUAUGAAGUGUCCUUUUAACUUGACGUACGUCUGUUUGCCCAGUGCAGGGAACUGAGCUACUGGAGGUGGAGAACCCUAAAUCUACAUUUAAGGCUGGUCACCUUUGCACUAAAAUAAAGCAUGUGGGCAGGGGAGGGCUGGCAGCUUUGGGCUUGUGGGGCAAAUACAGUCAAUUAGCCCAUUGCACCACCGAAUCAGCUCGCCAUCCAUGCCCACCUUUUCCUGGUUUUAUAACGGAUAUAGGUUUAGUCCAUGUAUCAAGCAUGUUUUGUAUACAUCGAUGGGAUUUCCAUCCCAUACACAGUCACCAGGGCUUUACAAAUUUAAUUGGAAUCUAGAAGCCAGCUGAAAAAGUUAGGAGUAAAGUUUUCAACGUCAAAAAUACAAUUUUUAAAGGACCACUAUAGUGCCAGGAAAACAUACUUGUUUUCCUGGCACUAUAGUGCCCUGAGGGUGUCGCCACCCUCAGGGUCCCCCUCCCGCCGGGCUCUGGGGGGAAAAAGGGGUUAAACUCACCUCUUUCUCCAGCGCCAGGCGGGGAGCUCUUCUCCUUCUCUCCGCCUCUUCGGCUGAAUGCGCGUGCAUUCAGCCAGUCCAUAGGAAAGCACAUGCUUACUUGGCAGGAACCUCACAUCCUGGUUACUGAGUGACAGGAUGAUGGGACGUGGCUCUGGAGCUGUGCUGCACACCUUGUGUGUGUGUGUCAGGGUGUAUGUUUAUGUCCGUGUGUAUCUGUAUCAUGGUGUGGGCAUGUAUCAAUAUUUGUGUGUGUAUGUAUCAGUGUCUUUAUAUGCAUCUGUGUGUUAAUGUGCAUGAAAAUCUGUGUGUAUGUGCAUGCAUACAAGCAGUCAAACUCCAGCACAAAAUACAAGCACACUACUGCAAUCUAACUCAAAUAUUACAUACACACACCCCUGCAUUCAAACUAAACAAAAAAUAUACAUACACACCCCUUCACUCAAACACAAAUACUUCACACAAAUGUACAUCUGCAUUUAAAAGUGAACAUUACAUUCAGACACACCCCUGUAUUAAAACACUACUAUAUACAAACAUCCCUUCAAACACCAACACUGUACAUUACACUAUAGCGCCAGUAAAUACCGCUGUACAGAUAUACAACCUAGAAAUUUUGACUUGGGGUGCCUUGGAAAAAUACUGAAAUAUUAAGGGCGCCUUGAACCUAAAAAGUUUUGGAACCACUGUUCUAGACAAUUCUUUGAAAAUGUAGAAUUAAAAUGUAUAUAUUUACAUUUUCUUCAUUCACCUUUGCAAGCAGACUACUAAUAAUUACUAUAAAUUAAUCGGUUAUAGUCAAGCCAUUUUUUCCAGACACAUUUAUUACUUUGGUGUGCAUUGAAAGGUUUUUGUUUAUUGACGAACCAAAGUGUUGCACAUAUCUAGCAUCUAAAGUAUCUCUUAAGUUCCCAUUAUUUUACAUGGUAGUGAUGCUAUAGUGUUUUAUUUAGCAAAGCCAGAAGGAAGUGGCAUCAGUUAGCUGGACACUUGGAAGACCGUUGCUUUUACAUAUUGCAGUUAUCACCAAGAUAUAUACUACUAGUGCUGUAGUUUUCUUACACACUAAGAGAGUGUGGGCUACAGAUGCCGUGGAGAGCCCGUUGGUCAAACUGAUUCCUAAUGAUAUAACAUUAGGGGACAGCACUCACCGAUUCUAUCCAACAUAACUGCUGUACUGUUUAUUUUGCUUUGUGUCCCAUUAAUGCUUUACAUGCCAUUAGAGUAUUGUAUAUCAGGGGUAUAGGUACUCUGUAUAACAUUGCAAUUAUUUCUCUCCCUCAGGGAUUUGGAGAAGAAGGAUAAGCAAUAUAAGAGGUUGGAGGACCAGUUAAUGAAGCUGAAGCUACAGGCCACAGAUAAAGAAGAGAACAAACAGAUUGCUCUGGGGACGUCUAAGCUCAACUAUCUAGACCCGAGGAUCAGUGUCGCCUGGUAGGUAACUUGGCCUCUGACAUCUCUAACCAGUCUCAGGGCUGCACUCGGAUGCUAUCUUCUGUGAUUAGUCUUGAUUGCAUACGUAGGCAGCACCCCUCUCUGACCACCGUCUGGUCUGCACGCGGAGUCAGCACCCCUCUCUGACCACCGUCUGGUCUGCGCGCGGAGGCAGCAACCCUCUCUGACCGCAGUCUGGUCUGCGCGCGGAGGCAGCACCCCUCUCUGACCGCAGUCUGGGCUGCGCGCGGAGGCAGCACCCCUCUCUGACCGCAGUCUGGGCUGCGCGCGGAGGCAGCACCCCUCUCUGACCGCAGUCUGGGCUGCGCGCGGAGGCAGCACCCCUCUCUGACCGCAGUCUGGGCUGCGCGCGGAGGCAGCACCCCUCUCGGACCGCAGUCUGGGCUGCGCGCGCAGGCAGCACCCCUCUCGGACCGCAGUCUGGGCUGCGCGCGCAGGCAGCACCCCUCUCGGACCGCAGUCUGGGCUGCGCACACAGGGUGUCUUCUGAGACGUUUAGAACCGUGGCAUUGAACAUUCUUGUUUGUCUACAUAGAAACUGUUUGUUUGUGUGCUGCCUCAUGGUAACAGCUCUCUUCCUUGCUCUACUGUUUUUCAUACUUAAAUGACUGUAAACUUUUCUCCACCUGUUGCUUUCCAGCUGUUGCUGAUUCAACUCCCAUAAUUUUGUCCCACAAUUUGAGUUUAAAUGUCUAAUUACUUGUAAGCAUGAGCUCUGGUUAAAUGUUUACCUUAUUUUAUUAAGGUGUAAGAAGUUUGGCGUGCCCAUUGAGAAGAUCUACAACAAGACGCAGCGAGACAAGUUUGCCUGGGCAAUUGACAUGACAGAUGAGGACUUUGAAUUCUAA